AUGCCCUCUAUUCACACAAAACAGAAUAAAGAUUUGCCAUUUGGGAUCUUUCGAAAUAAAAGACUGCUGGCUCCAUACCAUGAUGUUGCAGCUUCUGUUUUUCGCAAUAAUAAGUCUGCAAAUUUAGAUGAGAUCUUCUUAGCAUCUGCAAGGGAUGGUGACUAUGAUAGAAUACAGACUCUCGUUCGGCCGCACGAUCAAAGCUCCAUGAACAUUGAUGUCAAAGAUCGGCGGUAUGGGAACAGUGCUGUCAUCUGGGCUGCUAAAAGAGGUCACAUAAAAAUCCUUCAGCUUCUGCUAAAGCAUGGUGCUGAUGUUACCCUACGUAACUAUGACAACAAAACCGCGUUAGAUGAAGCAUCCCCUGGAAUACAGCAGAUACUUGUUGCUACGGUGACGAGUGGCGGCAGCUCUCCUAGGCGUCUGAUGCAGGCCGCGUGGCAGGGAAACUCACACGCAGUAGAACAAAUUCUGUCUGAGAGGAGAGUGAUUGACAUAAACUGCCAAAAUGCUGAUGGCAUGACUCCGCUACUGCUGGCUGCCUGCGAUCUGUCUCUGUUCGAGAAGAUCAGGAGCUUACUGACAAACUACGAUCCUGUGAGAGUUGUCAGCUUGUUACUACAGCAUAGGGCGGAUCCAUCUGCCUGUGAUAGUGAGGGGAGAACUUCCCUGCAUCAUGCAGCCUUGUCUAAGGCUUCAGCGGCCUUAAAUCUCAUAGGACUGAUUUUGGGCAGUGGUGCAAGCAUAGGAAUCGGCCACAGCUCUGUAGUUAAUGUGCACAUCCCAAUACCAUGA